AGCCCCGCCGUCGUCGCAGCCAUGCUGCCCGGGGUGGGUGUGUUCGGCACGAGCCUCACCGCCCGGGUCAUCAUCCCACUGCUGAAGGACGAGGGCUUCGCCGUCAACGCGCUGUGGGGCCUCACCCAGGAGGAAGCGGAGGAGCUGGCUAAGGAGAUGAGCGUCCCUUUCUACACCAGCCGGAUAGACGAGGUCUUGCUACACCAGGAUGUGGAUCUCGUCUGCAUCAACCUGCCGCCGCCUCUCACCAGGCAGAUCGCCGUCAAAACGCUGGGGAUUGGGAAGAAUGUCAUUUGUGACCGAACAGCCACUCCACUGGAUGCCUUUAGGAUGAUGACUGCUGCCCAUUACUAUCCCAAGCUCAUGAGCAUCAUGGGCAAUGUCCUCCGUUUCCUACCUGCCUUUGUGAAGAUGAAGCAACUGAUCCAGGAGGGUUACGUUGGGGAGCUGCUGGUUUGCGAGGUACAGGUCCACAGUGGGAGCCUAUUGGGGAAGAAGUACAACUGGAGCUGUGAUGACUUGAUGGGAGGUGGGGGACUGCACUCGGUUGGCACCUACAUUAUUGACCUCUUGACCUUCCUUACCAGCCAAAAGGCUGUGAAAGUCCAUGGGCUGCUGAAGACCUUUGUGAAACAGACGGACCACAUCAAGGGGAUACGCCAAAUCACAAGUGAUGACUUUUGUACUUUUCAGAUGGUCUUGGAAGGUGGCGUGUGUUGCACUGUCACCCUUAACUUCAAUGUGCCCGGGGAAUUUAAGCAGGAUAUUGUUGUUGUGGGUUCCAGCGGGCGACUGACGGUAGUAGGCACCGAUUUAUACGGACAGAGCAAUAACUCGCCUCAAAAGGAACUCCUUUUGAAAGAUUCCACACCAGUCAGUAAUGCUUUGUUACCAGAUAAGGCCUUCAGCGACAUCCCAUCCCCUUAUCUCCGAGGAACUAUAAAGAUGGUACAAGCUGUCCGGGAGGCAUUUGAAGAUCAGGAUGACCGCCGAACCUGGGAUGGGCGACCACUCACAAUGGCUGCCACUUUUGAUGACUGUCUGUAUGCUUUAUGUGUAGUGGACACCAUUAAGAAAUCAAACCAACUGGGUGAAUGGCAGAAUAUUGUGAUUAUGACUGAGGAACCAGAACUAAGCCCUGCUUACUUGAUCAGUGAAGCAAUGCGCAGGAGCAGAAUGUCCCUGUACUGCUAGCUUUCUCUGAUCGUGUCUCAAAAAAAUAAAAAGAAAGAAAGAAAAAGAAGAGCAAAUCUAUGCCAUAACAAGAAAACUUGUCCUGCUUUGUCUGGCAGGCCUUGGACAAGGGAUAUAAUAUAUAGAGAGAUAAUCCUCAUUGCCUAGCUGGUGCUGAAAUAUUAGAUGCAUUUGAAUUGCUUGUGAAAAAUUGUUGCCCAAGGCCUCUUUAAAAGAGGAACUUGCAUUUGCUGUUUACAGAAAUAUUAUUGCAGGAACGUGAAAUAUCAUUAAUUUGCAACCUGCAGGUGCACAGUUGAUUCAGCUAUGUUUACUGUGGGGGGAAAAGAUUCGAAAGGGUCCAGUUGGGUAUUACUCACCACCCAGCAGGUUGCAAAGAUGCUGAUAUGUCACAAAGCCCCUUGUGGCAAACACAGCAGCAGGUGGUUUCUGAUACGAACACUUCUUGGCAACCCUGCUGAUAAGAGCAUGCACCUCUGAUCCUGUUAUAAUCAGAAACCCAUUGCAUUUGCAUCAGAUCAUAGGUGGAAUCAAAACAAUUGGCAUGAAUAGGUCAUGGGCCCUGAAAAAUCGGCAGUUUGAGUUGUUUCUGGACUGUUCUUUCAAAACAAUAAAAGUCAGAGCAUAUAUGGUUUUCAAAAUACACCCCAGAGCUUGGGAAAAUGUGUUGGACUACAGCUCCCAGAAUUCCCCAGCAAACAUGGCCAGUGACGAUGCUGACAAUGCUGAGAAUUGUGGGAGUUGUAUUCCAAAAAGUAGGUUAACAGGGUAGUCCAAAAUAGUCUUGUGUUUCAUUUAAGAUUCAAUAUGUUAAUGCUAGGCUUCAGUACUGAACACAAAGACCUUUUGAGAAACUAGGAAUAUGCAAAAACUAUCUUCAUUUUCCCUGUCAGAACCAGAGAAGUAGCUGAACUAAUAGUUGCAUUUCAUCAGUAAACCAGUUAUGAGUCUUUUGACACCUUUAAAGUCUAACAAAUCUAUUGGAGCAUCAACUUUCAUAAAGUGAAGCUUACUUCCUUAGGUGCACAAAUAAGGCCAUCUAACAAAGUAUACAAAUAGUCUUCAGUAAUCCAUGCUGUUAUACAUUUCUUAAUUUUUCAGAUAGCGCAGGGCUGAUUUGGAUUUUGUCUUCAGGUAUUAAACUCGAACAAUUCCAUGGAACACGUUUAACCAAAACUAACAUGUUUUAGGCAGAAACAAAAGUAUAAUUUGGCCAAAGGCUGCUUGAGAUGCCAUGAAUGAUGCUUUCUGUGUGUCUUAAGAUUGUUAUGAAGUUAUAUGGGGAAUCUUUUCAUGACAGCCAUUUUUGGCAGCUGUUCUAAUAUUAUUUUUAUUGCAGUUCCAUUUCAUUUCCUAAUUACACAGGUAGGCCAGUAAUUAUACUGGUGAACCCCUGUGAAAGUUUUAUCAUGCUUCCUCAGGUUUGAGAAAGCAUGUCAAAUGUAAGAGUUUGUUAAGCGUUUAUUGAAAGCUUUUCUCUCUCCUGUUAAAAGGAUGAACCUGUGACAGUGUAAGGGGAAUCAAAGGUGUCAUAUUAUUAUCUUUGCUCCUAGAGGUUUGAGAUUUCUACUGUAGGGAUUUUAUGUAUGUAGCAAACAUGUGAGUGCUUGCUAGAAUUUUAAAAAAUGCCAUGUUUAAGUCACCAUUGAAAAUGGGACAUGAUUUUAAAUAGCCUAGUCCAGCCUUCCCUAACAUCGUGUCCUCCUGAUGUACUGCAUGACAAUCCCUAUCAUCAGCAAGCACCAUGACAAGUGGUGACAGAAGUUCAAAACAUCUGGGGCCUACAAGGCCAUCAAGUCCAACCCCCUGCUCAAUGCUGCUCAGUAAUGAUGUGCUAUCUUUAUAGUCUGAUUUGACCUUUAGUCACCAUUGGAUUUCACUGGAUAAUAAUAAAGUAUGGAGUAAUGGCAGAGACAAAAAGACAUAAGAAAGAUUCUCAUGGGUCAGAUUAUACAUUAGUAAAAGAGAAUGCCAGAAACUAAUAUCCUGAUAUAGUCCUACUCUGCAACACACAAAGUUAACUGAUUCACUUAAUGAGAUAAAAUACUGGGGGGGGGGGAAUGAGGGGCAUGGUUUCCCCCCAGCUAUAGAACAAUGCAAGGUUAUCUGAAUGAUAUGGGCUUGAACCUUGUUUAGUCUAGCUGGAUCUCAGGAAUGUAAGAAAAAAAUCAGAGCAUUGUGAAUUACUGUACUUCUAAAGCAGGAUGGAGCUUUAGAGGCGCAAAUGCUAAAUAAUACCACAGUGCUACAGCUUGAGUAUUUCCUUUGUGGUAGUAUUUACUGGCAGCAUGUCAGAUGCAUAUACUGUAUAGAGACCGUUCCAGUGCAUAUAGAAUAGCACUUUGUGCAGCUCUUAUCCUCCGCCCCCCCGCUCAACAAUAAUGCAAAAGCUUAUAACUAAAAAGAACUCUAAUCAGUCAGAAGCAUCCUUCUCUUUCAAAAGAAGGCCUUGAAUGACAGUAGAGCUUGGAAAUGCAAUAUUCUUUGGACCACAAUCCAAAAUCCCACAGCCAGCGUAGCCAAUGCUGGGGUCUUCUACAGAUUGUUGUCCAAAAUUUUACUUUUCCAGAUUUUGAAUAACAGUAACUAAAAUUAGAGUACUGCAUGUUACCGGGGCAACUCAGUUAUAAUGGGCAUCCGGUUUAGUUGUCAGUGUCAUCUAGUAUGUUUUUAUGACCAUUACACCUGUACUUUUUGUUCAUUCAAAAAUGUAUCGGUUCUUUUAAAAAGAAAUAGCACUUAGUAUCAACUGGUUUUGUUUUCAGAUUAUGCAAUAAAUUAUUUUAUUACUUAUUUAUUCAGCUAGAAACUUGAAUGAUCUCUUUCAGUUUUAAAAAAGGCACUUGAAUAAAUAGUAAAAUAAAUGCAGAAUAAAAACUGUAAUAUAUAAACAAUAAGCAAACAGUAAAACCAGCACAAACAGUAGAAAAAGCAGCAGUUAACAUUUGCCAGAAGAUCUGUUUGAAAACCUGGGCACAGUGCAACCCAAAGGAUGUUAAAAGCAUAUUCCCCAAGAUCAGUGCUUUGUUGCUCAGUUGACAUGAACAUGAGCUUGAAAAUGUUACUUGUUUGGACUUAAUCUCUCAGAAUCACCCAACCAGCAGGCUGACUGAAUGGUCCCAGGAGUUGCUGUCCAAAAAGUUACAUUUCCAAGCUCUGCACUUGCACAGAAAAGUUCAACUGGAGACUCUCCCCAGUGGAAAGUCAUUUACUUUUCCUUUUAAUAUCUGCCUGAGUUUAAAAGCACUCAGGCCACUUUGUGUUCUCUGCAACUAGUUAAACAAAUCCUCUUAUUCCUGGAAUUCUUGGUCAUUCAUUGAUCUCUUUUGAAUCAAUGUCUUUGACCAACCAUAUGAGUUCUGCUUCCUCUUUUUUUUCAUCCCUCAGACUCAUAAAGCCUACCCACAUUCUGAGCAGGUGGGGGUUAUAUAUAGAACAGAACUAGGAAAAGUAAAGAUGGCAAUCCUCUUGUCAAAAUUACCCUUUCUAUCUCUCUGCCUUGAUACCCAGAUUCUUGUGCACAGAUAUAGGAUGCACACUGGAGCCAUCCCUACCAUUACACAGGGUGAGGUAGCUAUCUCAGACAAGUGCUGUGGAGCACUGGCCCAUGGGUAAGGUGUUGAAAGAUACUGUACAGCUAUAUAUUCUAUACAACUAGACUGUCAGCAAGUAUGCUGCCUUAUGGUGAAGCUGAUCAUGCUGUCCUUUUUCCCUUAAUGAAACAAGAUUCAGCUCACUGUCUGUGUAGAAUACAAGUGGGGCACUGUUUCAUUCUUUCCUCAGGCAGAAAAAUAUCUUGAGCACGCCCUGAUGCACACACCCAUACGCAACACUGCUACCUGUUCACCUGCCAGAGAGAAGCAUGCCAUUUGGGAUAGCAGGUUAGGAGCGGAAGAAUUAGUCAGGGGUGGAAAUUUCAAUAUGUUUGAAAAUUGACACACUUACAGCUUGGAUAUCUUUUAUACCACUUGAAUAUAGGUCAUCGAAUAUGACGCCAGUCACCGCCUUCUGAAAAGCACUUGAAGAGGACUAUAAUAUUUAUUGUAUAAUUUACACAUUUUCAGUUUUGAAAAAAAGAAACCCAGUGUCAUCCUAUUAUUUGAGGCACAUCUAGUCAAGUGAAGUAUCUGUUUUUCCUGCCAUUCUCCUACAUUAAUCAGUGAGGAUGGUAUCAUGGUUUUUAAAAAGGGAGAAAGAGAAAUGUCUAAUUUGAUUUGUACAUGUAGAAUUAAGCAUCAUCUACCCAUGACUCAACUGCUGUUCCUUACUUUAUCUGGUUCUUGAAUGAUGCCUUGGUUUUACCUUGCUCCUUUUUAACCUUUUAAAAACCCAAGUGUCAAUUUAUUGCUAUAUUUAAAUAAGUAUUUAUUGUGGUUUACAAGCAUAUAUAUAGAGAAAAGCAGAAAGAAGCAAACUAUAUAUCUAAAGUAUCAGUGCAUGGGCAUUGUAUGUACAGUAGAUAUUUUAAAAACUAUUUAUCAAACAAAAGUGUGAUAAAACAGAGUUUAUAUUUUAUAUAUCUAUGCUGUAGAUAACAAAAUGAAGCGGUGUUUAAAUUAUAGUGAGGAAAUGGCAAUAUUUUAUAAAAGAAAGGGCAAAAGCUGUGGAUAAUUAUCUCUAGCACUUUCACAGGCUGGCUGCUAUGUCUUAAAGCAGAAAGCUGCCUUCUAUGAUUCUUUGCAGUGAAAUUCAUCCUUCUGCUUCUGUUUCCUAGAAGGAUGCUUUUCAUGUGUUAUUUUUUUCAUUGCUUGGGGAAUGUAAUUAACUAUAAGCAGCCAUGGGCAUAUAUGUGCUACUUAAUAGUUUCCUCCUGUGCUUACAUAUUUGCAUUGUUGGAAUAAAAAGAAUUUAAAUGCUAAAUAAAGACAUCAAGGAGAUAGGA